UUCACCCUUGCAUUAAACCGAGUACUGGUCACAGAGUCGUCCGUUACCAGGACCAACGGUCGAUAGUCGAGCAGCAGAUCACCAAAACAGACUGUACUAGAAGUUUCCACCGGUCCGUUACCGUUGCCUUCAUGAACAAUAUCACCUGGCAGCGGGAGUUGUCCCCCCGCCUUUUCCCGGAUAAACAAGUUCUGCUGAGUUUUCCGGUGAUUCUGAGGCUGAAGGCUAAAGCCUGUUUACCGUUUAGCGGGCUGGCUAGCACCGAGGCUAACGGCUAGCACCGAGGCUAACGGCCAGCGGGGAUGUUCGGUUGUUUGGUCGCCGGCAGGUUGGUGCAGACGGACGCGGUGCAGGUAUCCUCGGACAAGUUCGUGUUCAACCUGCCGGACUACGAAAACGUGAACCAUGUGGUGGUGUUCAUGCUGGGCACGGUGCCGUUCCCCGCCGGCAUGGGCGGCGCCGUCUACUUCUCCUUCCCGGACCCGGCGAGCGGCGGCGGCGCGGUGUGGCAGCUGCUCGGCUUCAUCACCAAUGACAAGCCCAGUGCCAUAUUUAAGAUGUCCGGGCUGAAGGCCGGGGAAGGCGGGGCGCACCCCUUCGGCAUGAUGGCUUCCUCUUCGUCGUCGCCCUCCGUGGCUCAGGUCGGUGUGUCGGUGGAGGCUCUGGAUCAGCUGGCCCAGCAGAUCCCGGUGUCCAGCGCCGCCGUGUCCACCGUGGACUCUUUCCUGCACUUCACCCAGAAGAUGCUGGACAGCCUGUACAACUUCGCCUCGUCCUUCGCUGUGUCGCAGGCGCAGAUGACGCCGAACCCCUCAGAGACCUUCAUCCCGUCCAGCUGCAUCCUCAAGUGGUAUGAAAGCUUCCAGAGGAGGAUGACCCAGAACCCGAACUUCUGGAAGAACUGAUGAGACAUUAAACUAGAGACAGUUUCCACAGUGCCUACAGAGAUAACUGUCUCAUGAUAUCUGGCUUUACUUUCUACAGAACAUUUAUAAAGAAGGUGUCAUGUUCAUCAUUACAUGUUUUAAUUCAAAUAAAACAAGUUCAUAGAAAUCAGUUUCAGGAUCAUUCUUGACGUUGAGUUCAAUUUACUUGUUUUAUCUUAAUGUUUUAAUAAAAUGUGUCGAGUUUCGUUUUCCUAAAUAUUUCUAUUUACAUGUUUAAUGCCAUGAAAAUACAGCCUGCAAAAACACUCAAAACAUGGAGCAUAUUAAUUGCAAUAGAUGCAAAAUAUAACAAGUAUUUAGAAUAAGUGAGAAGACUCCAUUAUCUGAAGAAGACCAAGAGAUGUGGUUGAGAGUAGGCCUGCAACUAGUUUUCAUUUUGGAUUCAUUAUAAUGAGACUGGCUGCACAACUUUCAGCAUCAGUUUAACAGUUCAUGUGUUGUACUACUGUCAGCCACCAGGUGGCGCUGCAGCUCACUUCAAGUAUUCAACCUUUGAAAUAAAGUUUCCGUUCUUUA